GCACGGAUGAACAUCCCAGCACCUCCUAACGAUCCCGAGCAACGUAACAUAAUCGACAAGUUGGCGGACUUUGUCGCUCGCAAUGGGAAGGAAUUUGAGGCUCUGACAAGGGAUAAACAGCGUGGUAAUCCAAAGUUUGCCUUCCUGCACGGUGGAGAGUAUUUCGAUUACUACAAUUUUAAAGUUGAGGACGCUCGUAAGCAGUGGCAGGCAGAUAGACCGUAUAAAGAUGGUCAGUCUCAAAGCUUCGAUGGCGGAUUUCAGUGGACUGGACCUCCUUAUGAUUCCGGAGAUUUUCACUGGGAAGCUUAUGGCGGUGGUGCCGAAGUCGAUUAUCCUCAACCGUAUUCGAUGUCAGGUCCAUGCCCUUGGAAUAGGGAUCCAGAAGCCCCUUGGUAUAUGCCACCGACCUGGCCAGGUGGUCCAUCCUUCCCUGGGGCUCCGCGCGCGCCAACUAUACCCCCCGGAUUCGGCCCACAUCCACCGAACCUAUCAGUAAAUGAUGGUUUUCGGGGUCGAGGAUAUGGCGUCCCACAAUCUUAUACCUAUCAGGGUCCAAAUAACCAAGGUGGCCCCUUUCCGCCACCCAGAUUUUCUCUCCAGGGAGGAAACUUCGGUGAUUGUCAGCCACCAGGGAAUUCUGCUCCUCAUGACAGUGUACCUGAAUUCAGCGAGGCGGAUGUGGAGCAGAGUGAAAGGAACUUGAAAGCACAGCAUGAUGUUCUUAUGGCUCGACAGGCCAACGAAAUUGCUGAAUUCAUGGACCAUGCCCUUUUAAACUCUGUCAAAGAACGCUGUACUCGGUUGAACCUGCGGAUUGAGCAGUUAGAUGAGGUCAUUCAGCCCCUCAUCGAUUCAUGCACGAAAGAAAAUAUAUCUAGGGGUAAAACGUGGGUGAUUGAAAAAGGUUCUGAGUCUGUGGAGUCAGCGGAACUCUUGGCUGAUUACCUCUUGGCCCGCGCUGCUGUUCACAACGUGUCCUUCGAUUUACGUCUCCAUCUGAUUUACCUGCUCAACGACCUUUUGCAUCAUUUUAAGCGGCGGGGAGUUCCGAAUCACCUAGAAGAAAACAUUCAGCGCGUCGUGCCACCCAUGUUCUGCCUGACAUCCGAACUUGCCGAUGAGGAUAAAAAAUCCAAACUCAGCCGCGUUCUGGAUCUCUGGGAUUCCAAUGCUUAUUUACCACCUAACAUGUUGGAAGAAAUGAAACCGCCAAAAAUGGAUGCGUUUUUAUCAGAAUGGAAGGAGUCGCAGAAGAAAGCACAUGAAGCGGACAUUGAGAAGAUAAAGCGGGAUAUUGAGUCGCAGUAUGCUUCUCUAGAGAUGCAACACAAAGAAUUUAGUGAUCACGUGCAUCGUCAGCUAUCGGCUGCACAGCACGAAAUUAGGCCUGAGCAUUUCGAACCAGCUCAGCCACCGAUGCAGGCUACCGGUCCUGGCUACGGCAGCUGGAGACCACCGGGCCCGCACCCAAUGCCGCCUUACGACUCGAGUGAAAGUGAAUUGGGCGAUCCUCCUCGCAGGAUGCAUCAAGAAAACUACUUUGGACCUCCGCGCAGUGGUGGCAGUGGCUACGCGCCUGGAUUUCCUCCUUGUGGCGGUGGUAAUUGGUCAGGAAACAACCGCGGUCCGCCUCUUAAUUGGGGUCCUCCUCCGUUCCAAAUGGUCGGACCUCCGUUCCUUCCUCCUCAUGGUUACGGUGCACCUGGGAGCCGUCGCGAUCAUUCGGAAAGCAGCGUGUAUAUCGAGGACGAUGAUAUAGAGUGCGGCUACGAUGGGCCUUACGAUCCAGGUUACGAUAAUCAGUAUGACAACUACCAUCGGCACGAUGAUAGAGGACGCACCGAUAAUCGCAGCGAGCGCUCCUUUCAUCAUCGUUCUGGCCGACCUUCACGCUUUUCCUCUUCCCGACAUGAUUCAUCGCGUGACGAUGCAGACGAUUACCAUCUCAGGUCAUCUCGAGGCUCACACAGCUCCAACGGGUCUGAUAAAGCUGACCUACCGCAGGAAAAGUCGGUCGACCCGGUUGACCUUGUCCCCAAAUGCCCACCUUGGGAGUUACCCGCCGGUUUGAUGCAUCCAUUAAUUCGCUUGUGUGACUUCGACUAUUCACCUCUAGAGGAAUCCAAACUGCGACUUCUACCUCCGAAGGCGCCGUCAGAACGUCUGCUUCAAGCCAUAGAAAAUUUUUAUCUCCCACCCAGCCACGAUCGUACAAGGGACGGCGAGGGUUGGGAACGUCUAGGUUUGUAUGAGUUUUACAGCAAAAAAGAGAAAGCUCGCGAUUACUUGCAAAAGAAGAAGAAAAGGAGGAAGCGGCGAUCUGGAACUGCGGGCGAGACACAGCAUUCUCGCGCAUCUUCCGAUAACCGUAGACGUCGCAGAAACAGUGGUGGUAGUGGGAUUGCCAGUUCUUCUGGCGACGAUUCUCAGAGCGAGUCGAAUCCGGAUGUGGAUAAUGAGCACAUGAGACCAUUCACUCGUGAUUCCUCGCAUGGAAUGAGUUCUAGGCCAACCGCUUUCCAUUUGUCGCACAUUACUGCCUACCCAACUGCUGCUAUCGGCCAAGGUGUCCGCACGGGACCAGAGGCACUGGCGCAGCUCCCUCCACCUCUACCGCUUGGAACCACAUAUCCUGGCUACAAGGCCACCGGCUCAGUGGGGGGACAGCCCGGCGUCUCGAUUCCCCCGCCUAGACAGUCUGCCGGUCCGGCACUUCCUGGUAUCCCUCCGGGAUUCCCGUCUCCAGGGUUCCUACACUUCCCCCCUCCUAGCAUGUCACAACCACCUCCAGGUGUGCCCCAGGGGCUGAUACAACGUCCAGUUCCCGAUGGAGAUAGUGCGGCCUCGCGUACUCAUGUUGACACGCGACGAUCACCUUCAAAAUCUCGUUCUUUGUCUCGUUCUCGAUCUGGUUCACGCGAUUCACGUUCGCGCAGCCGUUCACGUUCUCGCAGUCCCAGAUCGCGCUCUCGUUCUGGUUCACGCGCUUCAAGAUCUCGUUCGAGAUCUCAUUCACCUCAUUCUUCCCGUACUGGUGCUGGCGGACCACACAGUUCGGAGCGUAAAUCCAGAGAUAGGCGAAGAAAACGCUCGCGUUCACGUAGUGAUUCUGGUUCACCAGUCGCUCGUUUCACCUCUGCCCCAAGCCCCAGUGGGUUCACUUCUGGUGCCGGCUCAGCCGGUCUCAGCGCAGCUCGAGCGGCUGCAUUGGCUGCUGCUGCAUCCAUCGCCAGUUCUAUAAAUGCCAACAAAAGCAGCUGCGCCAUUCCUCCUCCCACUUGGACUGGAGGUCCCGAACCUCCGAAUUCGUUCGGAGUUGGCUUGAACAAAUCUGGUUCUUUCGAUAGUAACUGUCCACCCACAAAACCGAAUCGCGGCAGUGGAUUGGGUCGAAGCAGAUUUUCCUCCGCGAUUGUCAAUCCAAGUCGUGUGGCAGAAAUGCACCUACUAGGCGCCGGUCCAGAUGAGAGGUUCCUUCCUGCACAUCAGCCACCAUCACCAUGAUCGGGACACCUUUACCAUCUGCUUUUACUUGUCGAACAAACUGCUACUUUGUGUGCGUUUCUGUUUGUAUUUCUCCUGACUCCUAGUAACUCAUCUGCGGACUGUUCCUGCUUGUUUCUCGCAAUUUCAAAUACGUUAAAAAUAAAUGCGUUUACUCACC